AUGAUUAAUGUACGUAACUAUUCCAAGAAAGUGGCGGAAAUAUUGGGUAUAUCCGAAAGAACCGUCAGAAGUAUAUUCGCGGAACAUAAUUCGGCAACAGAAUUUGCUUCACCCAAGAAACCUGGCCCCAAGUUGUCAGUAAUUGACAAGUUGGAUGAGUUCACAUUUGCAGCCAUUAGACGGACAGUACAUCAAUUUUUUCAUCGCAACGAGCCGCCUACUAUUGAGAAGGUAUUGCAAGUUGUUAAUGAUGACCCGGGCCUGCCAAAUUUAUCUUUUUUCACCUUGAGACAGGUGCUUAAGCACCUCAAUUUUAAAUAUGCAAGUCGGAAACGCCAAAGCAGCCUCAUUGAUAGGGCUGAUAUCAUAUUGUGGAGGAAAAGAUAUUUGGUGAAAAUUAAGCAGUAUCGUAGAGAGGGCAGACCUAUUUAUUACCAAGAUGAAACAUGGAUUAAUGAAGGGCACACGGUGAACAAGGUCUGGCAGGACCCUAAAGUAUUGUCAUCUCGACAAGCCUUUUUAGAAGGCCUUACAACUGGCCUUAAGGCUCCAUCGGGAAAAGGAAGGCGGCUCAUUAUAAGCCACAUUGGCAGUGAAGAAGGAUUUGUUGAAAAUGGAUUGCUGCUGUUUGAAUCAAAGAAAAACACUCAAGACUAUCAUAAAGAAAUGAAUGCUCAGCAUUUUGAAGAAUGGCUAACUGGUAUAUUGCCACGGCUUAAGCCAAACUCCGUGCUCGUUUUAGACAAUGCUCCUUAUCAUUCAAGAAAAUUAGAAAGUGGCCCUGUAAAAAAGUGGAACAAGGGCCAAAUUAUUCAAUGGUUGCAUGAAAGGAAUGUACCCUGUGACAUGUCCAUGAUCAAGACAGAGUUAUGGGCUCUGGUAGAAACUCAACCCAAAGUAAACAAAAAGGCAGUAGACGAAUUAGCGGCAGCUCAUAAUGUAACCAUUUUGAGACUCCCCCCAUACCAUUGUGAACUAAACCCCAUUGAAUUAGUGUGGGCACAAGUGAAAGGGCAUGUGGCAAAAAAGAAUAAAAGUUUCAAAAUGGCAGAGGUCAAAACAUUAUUUAAUGAAGGUUUGGAGCUUGUGACACCAGAGCGCUGGAGAGCAUGCAUUAAUCAUGUGAUAAAAGUUGAAGACGAAAUGUGUAAAUUAGACCAUUUAAUUGAUGAUGUUGUAGAGCCGUUCAUAAUUAACACAGGUGAAGAUGAAUUAAGUGGCUCUGAAAUUGAAGAGUAAAUAAAGCUUUGUAGAAUU